AUGACCGAGCAAGUUACUGGAGCUAUCAAACACGCAGUCAUGGGACACCGAAACGACAAGAUCGAUCAGCUCAAGGCCAACAUUGUUGAGCCCAGCGAGAACACUCGAAUCACUUCCGACUAUGGAGUGAAGCAGAACAACACCGAUCAAUGGCUACGCGUCAACAGCGAGGACCAAACUGGUCCCAGUCUUCUCGAGGAUGCUUUUGGACGGGAGAAGUGUGUUAAGAUCCAUCGCUUCGACCAUGAGCGCAUCCCCGAACGUGUUGUCCAUGCCCGCGGUGCUGGUGCUCACGGCACUUUCAAGCUGUUCGAGUCCGCGGAAGAUGUCACAAAGGCCGGCAUAUUCACCGACACCUCGAGAGAAACACCUGUCUUUGUCCGAUUCUCGACCGUUUUGGGAAGUCGCGGCUCCGCAGACACUGUUCGUGAUGUCCGCGGAUUCGCCGUCAAAUUUUACACACAAGAGGGCAAUUUUGAUUUAGUAGGGAACAACAUACCUGUUUUCUUUAUUCAGGAUGCAAUGAAGUUUCCCGAUGUCAUCCAUGCAGGAAAGCCUGAGCCGCACAAUGAGGUUCCUCAAGCACAGUCCGCGCACAAUAAUUUCUGGGAUUUCGUCUGGGGACACUCAGAAGCGACUCAUAUGUACAUGUGGGCGAUGUCCGACCGCGCAAUUCCUAGAUCCUACCGCAUGAUGCAAGGUUUCGGCGUCAACACCUAUACUCUCAUCAACGACAAGGGCGAGCGUCGAUUCGUCAAGUUCCACUUUACACCUGAGCUCGGAGUCCACUCCCUGGUUUGGGAUGAAGCUCUUAAGCUUGCUGGCCAGGACCCUGACUUCCACCGCAAAGAUCUCCAGGAGGCCAUCGAAAACGGCGCGUACCCGAAGUGGAAGUUCGGCAUCCAGGUGUUGGAGGAAUCCCAAGAGCACGAUUUCGACUUCGAUAUCCUUGACGCUACUAAGGUCUGGCCGGAAGACCAGAUUCCCGUCCGCUAUAUCGGAGAGCUGGAGCUUAACCGCGUCGUCGAUGAAUACUUCACCGAGACCGAGCAGGUCGCGUUCUGUACCAGCCAUCUUGUGCCUGGUGUUGGCCCGUCAGACGAUCCUCUGCUCCAGGGCCGAAACUUCUCUUACCAGGAUACCCAGCUCAGCCGUUUGGGUACCAACUGGGAGGAGCUACCUAUCAACAAACCUGUUUGCCCAGUUAUGAACUUCAACCGCGAUGGUGCCAUGCGACACACUAUCACCAAGGGCAAAGUCAACUACUGGCCUAACCGAUACAGCCACCAGCCCCCUGCUACCGUCCAGGAGGGUGCCUACGUUGACUACCAGCAAAAGGUUGCCGGCAUCAAGCAGCGGGCCCUCAGCAAGAAGUUCAAGGAUCACUUCUCUCAGGCUCAGCUCUUCUACAACUCUCUUUCUGAGAUUGAGAAGGCUCACAUCCAGGCCGCCUUCUCUUUCGAGUUGGACCAUUGCGAUGAAGCUAUCGUCUACGAACGCCUGACUGAGCGUCUCGGUGUAGUUGAUGGCGAGCUUGCAAACACGAUCGCUGAAAUGGUCGGCGGCAAGAAGCCCGUCGAGGCCAAGCCGAAUCCCGGAAAGAAGGCCAAGAACUUGAGCCAGAUGGACUUCCUUCCCAAGACUCCGACUAUCAAGUCGCGCCGUAUUGCCAUCAUCAUCGCUGAUGGCUACGAUCCUGUCGCUUUUAACGCUCUUUACGGCGCUAUCAAGGCUCAGAGUGCUCUUCCUUUCGUUAUCGCACCUCGCCGAUCUGCUAUCUUCUCCGCCAACGAGGAUUCAUCCUCAUCCAAGGGUAUUGUCCCUGACCACCACCUCGAAGGUCAGCGAAGCACCAUGUUUGACGCUAUCUUUGUCCCUGGCGGUGAAAAGUCUAUUCAGACCCUUUCCAAGAACGGUCGAGCUCUUCACUACAUUCGCGAGGCUUUCGGUCACUUGAAGGCGAUUGGUGGUACUGGUGAGGCCGUUGAUCUGAUCAACAAGGCCAUCCAACUUCCUGAAGUCUCACUCUCCGAGACAGAUGGCAGUGGCGUCGUCGACAGCUAUGGCGUUGUGACUCUGAAGAAUGCUUCGCCUGACAGCCUCAAGGAGAUUGUCACCGUUGCUUCCGAUGCCAAGGGCUUCCUGGAGAAGUUCGUGUACAACAUCAGCCAGCACCGUAACUGGCAGCGAGAGCUGGAUGGAUUGAGCACUAUGGUGGCGUACUAA